AAGAAAGUCAAAAGAGCACAUUAAGACUUCAUUAGGAAUGAAUUGCUCUGCCUGGCUGUAGUUAUCUUGAAUUCCCUUCUGAAGGACUCUCUCUGUGAGAAAGAGGGAGAAUUCCUGUAAAUGUAAGCUGCGCUUGAACUUUUCAUGUGCUUCCUUGAUGCUUAAAUAUCUGAGACAAACAGCAGGGGAAAGCUCUCUGUUGAGGCACCAUUGCAUGCUUUUAAUCUGCUACAGACUGUGACCUUACUUGGAAAAGACCAGGAUGUCCAAUUAGUCAGCACAACAAUUUGAAGAACCCAUAUCCAAACACAAACACAUUUGUUGUGUGUGAUAAGGGCUAGAGCACAGCAACAGGAAGCGUGCUGCUUGAACCUUGUUCACACAGCUAACCUUGAAGAGGAACAGAGUGUUGUUUUCCUUCCAUGGGCACUAUGGCUAACCAGCUGCUCCUCAUUCUGAUCUUGAGUUUUUUGUCAAGUCUCCUGAAGGCAGAAAGAAAUGUAUUCUUACGAGAUAAAAUUGCAAACAAAUUUCUGGAAAGAAGAAAACGUGCGAAUUCUGCAUUUGAGGAGUUCAAGCAAGGAAAUAUUGAAAGAGAAUGUAUGGAGGAGAAGUGCUCAAAGGAAGAAGCCAGAGAAGCUUUUGAAGACCAUGAAAAAACAGAUGAGUUCUGGAAUGUUUAUGUAGAUGGUGACCAAUGUAAGUCGAACCCUUGCCAUUAUGGAGGGACAUGCAAAGAUGGCAUUGAUAGCUAUACCUGUACAUGCUUGGAUGGUUAUCAUGGACAGAACUGUGAAUAUACCAUACAGAAAUCCUGCAAAGUGGACAAUGGAGGCUGCUGGCAGUUCUGCAAACAUGUAGGAAAUAGUGUGGAAUGCUCUUGCACUGAUGGGUAUAUCCUGGACAACAAUGGACAAUCCUGUGUUGCUACAGCUGAUUACCCAUGUGGUAAAAUCAAAAAGAUAAAAACAAAGACAAAAAGGGAAGCAAGUUUACCUAACUUUUCACUCAACACUUAUGACUAUGGUGCCAUUCCUGAAGAAAAUUACUACGACAGUCCCCAGAGUUUCACGAGUGUGAGUCCCCAUCUACCGUCUCAGGAUGGAAAUGCACUUAAUGAGGAAGAUGUCAACUCUGACCCAGACCGUGACAGGCGAAUUGUUAAUGGGUCCAAUUGUGAAUUGGGUCAAUGUCCCUGGCAGGCACUUCUACUAAAUGAGAAGGGAGAGGGGUUUUGUGGAGGAACAAUUCUAAGCCAAAUAUAUGUGCUCACUGCAGCUCAUUGUAUAAAUCAAACAAAACACAUUACAGUUGUUGUAGGGGAAGUGGAUAUAACCACAAAAAGAACAGGAACUCUUCUCACUGUGGACAAAGUAUACGUGCAUCAGAGAUUUGUACUGGAGACCUAUGACUAUGAUAUUGCCCUCAUUCAAUUGAGGGACCCAAUUCAGUUUUCUGAAUAUGUAAUCGCUGCGUGCCUUCCCACAGCAGAUUUUGCCAAUCAAAUCCUAAUGAGACAACCUGCUGGUACUGUCAGUGGUUUUGGGCGUAUUCAUGAAAGAGGUCGAACAUCCCCCAGACUUCAAGUAGUUAAAUUGCCCUAUGUUGAAAGACAUACCUGCAAGCUGUCAAGUAAUUUCCCAAUUACUGAAAAUAUGUUCUGUGCUGGCUAUAACACCCUGGCUCAAGACGCAUGUCAGGGAGACAGUGGAGGCCCUCAUGUAACUGAGUACAAGAACACUUACUUUCUUACUGGUGUGAUCAGCUGGGGAGAAGGGUGUGCAAGGGAGGGAAAGUAUGGGGUUUAUACAAAAGUGUCCAAAUUCAUAGGCUGGAUAAAGAGAAUAAUGCGUCAAAGGCAAAUCAAGCAUGAACAGAACUCAUCUUCCCUGAACAUCAUGUAAUGGCACAUUUCUUAUGGGCAAUUUGCUGUGUGAUUUGAAUAAAUUGUUCAGUUUAUAACCGUGGAAAGGAACUAAGAGUAUCCAGGUGUUUUAAAGAACAUCUUCCACAAUCCUUUACUAUUGGCUAUGGGUGGGUGGAGCUGAUUGGUGGUACUUGUAAGCUAAACCACUGAAGGGCCAAACAUUCCACAACCUAGUUAAGGACCUUCAUCACCAUGCUAUUUUGAAGGCCUAGUUUCUCAUUUCACAGCAUCUGUGGUGUAUGGAAUUAGUGUUGCUCUAACCUAGCUUGCUGAUUAAUCUGAGGUUUCCUACUCUAACACAAAUCCCACAUGUAUUUACAGGUCUACGAAAAAUCAUUUCGAGUCUUUUAUCUUGUACACUAUUCCCAGAAUCAUCUUGGGCAGUUAUAAAUGCAUAACCACUAUAGUUACACAGCUACACAGUGACCCACCAACCGCAGCUUACUGGGCAGCAGCUACUGGGAUCAUCAUGGUUCUGUUCCUCUUUUGUUUGGGAUACAGAUGAGUGGCUUUCCCAUCUCCUCCUGUAGAUAAUCUAUGUUGUAACAGGCAGAAGCAAGGCCCAUGUCACAAUUCCCCCUUGCACCAGAGAUCGCUUGUGUGAGUAGCAUUGGAAAUGUCAGUCAUCUGCUUCCCGUUGAUUGUAGUGGUUGCUGCCUGGUAAAUUGGAAUUGGGGUGACAUUCAUAGCCCCAACAUGUGCCCUGAACUAGGGCAUGCCUAAAGAAUCAUGAAUAUGAAACAGUCACAAAUGAUCUAUAGUAUGCAAAACCUAACUGCCAAAGAUGAUUUUGGCCUUUAUUUUUAAGAGACUUUUAUGGCUUUUAAUGGGAACUUUGGUAAUAGGCUUCCAGUAAUUGAUUAUUUUUCUCCCUUUACUUACAGAAUUAGAUACUGAUAAUUACAAUAAGACAAUCUCCCAAAAGGUAGACAUGUCAGUCUGUUGCAGGUAAACAGGGCAGAAAGUCCUGUGUUAAAACCAUAGCAUGAGACUUGUACAUAGGUAGAAUAAGCAAUCACUUCCUGAUCAGAAAUAUAUGAUGAAGGUUUUAAAGGAAAACCUUCAUAUUCACUAGGCCUGCCAGCCAAGAAAUCGUUUCCCUGGAUAGCCAUGGGGGGGGGGGAGGGAAUGAAGGUAGCAUGUCAUGCCUCUAUACUCCAUAGUACCCUAAACAAAUCAUCACAGUGAUUGCAUGACAGCUUUGGAGGAACCUACUGAAGUAUUCACAUAUUUUUAUGCCUUUUCUCUUUUGCACAUAAUUUGAUGAUUUUAUUCCUUUCAUCCAUUUGUAUCAAAUUCAAUAAUAAAACAAUGUAUCACACUUCA